GACAGUAUGUGACAGCUUCCAGUUUUCAUUUCGGUCAAAAACUUUUUGCAUUUCCGUAAAGGGUGCGCCGAAUCGAAUGGCGAAAACAUGUUGUGUGUUGUAUUGGUGUAGUUUUACUGUUAAAAAAAGUAUGUUUUGUAUUAUUUAGUAUUUUAAGGUCUGUCGAACAUUUACGAACUGGUGUAAUGAGUUUAGCGAGUAAGUACUAAACGGGAAGUCGGCGAGUGCUCGGUUCAUUUUAUACAGAAAAGCCAGUGAACUCCUAACUCCAAAAUGGCGCACCAAAUGCCCCCUUCAGUGAAUUGUUCUUUGGACGAUAUUGACUUAACAGCUUUGAAGGAUCCUGCGGGGAUUUUUGAACUGAUAGAAGUAGUUGGAAAUGGAACUUAUGGACAAGUCUACAAGGGUCGACAUACAAAAACUGGUCAACUGGCCGCUAUCAAAGUUAUGGAUGUCACGGAGGAUGAAGAGGAAGAAAUUAAAUUGGAAAUUAAUGUUCUUAAAAAGUUCUCCAAUCACCGCAACAUAGCUACGUACUAUGGGGCUUUUAUUAAAAAAUCUCCGCCAGGGAAAGAUGAUCAGCUUUGGCUGGUUAUGGAAUACUGUGGUGCUGGAUCAGUAACUGAUUUAGUUAAAUCUACAAAAGGCCAAUCUUUAAAAGAAGAAUGGAUUGCUUACAUUUGUAGAGAAAUUCUCAGAGGCUUGUCAUAUCUUCAUUCAAAUAAGGUGAUACACAGAGAUAUUAAGGGACAGAAUGUAUUAUUAACUGACAAUGCAGAAGUCAAAUUAGUUGAUUUUGGUGUGUCUGCUCAACUUGACAGGACCAUAGGAAGAAGAAAUACAUUUAUUGGUACACCCUAUUGGAUGGCCCCAGAAGUAAUUGCCUGUGAUGAGAAUCCAGAAGCCACAUAUGACAAUCGUAGUGAUUUGUGGUCAUUAGGAAUCACUGCAUUAGAAAUGGCAGAAUCUCAGCCACCACUUUGUGAACUUCAUCCAAUGAGGGCUUUAUUCUUAAUACCAAGAAAUCCGCCCCCUAGACUGAAAAGCAAAAAGUGGAAUAAAAAAUUUCAUGGAUUUAUUGAAACAGUAUUGGUUAAGGAUUAUCAUGAAAGGCCUUAUACAGAACAGUUAUUAAAACAUUCUUUUAUUAAAGAUCAGCCAACUGAGCGUCAGGUGAGGAUACAGUUGAAGGACCACAUAGACAGAUGUAAAAAGAGAAAACAGGAGAAAGAGAGAGAUGAUUAUAGAUAUUCUGGAUCAGAAAAUGAGGAGGAAGAAACUCAGGUUGCUGGAGAACCAAGCAGUAUAAUUCAGGCUCCAGGAGGCGACACCUUACGUAGAAACUUCCAAAAGAUACAGGAAGGUCGUACCCUCGUAGAACCUCCGCCAAGAAGUGGUAAAAACAAGGAUAGAGAGGAAAUUCCUGAACCAGGUCCACCAGCUAGACCGCCUAUUCCGCAAAGAAUUAUUGUGGUUCCUGAUCCAGCUGCACCUCCUAGACGACCUUUACCUCCGCCACCGGACAAUAAUUUUGCAGCUUCAAGAUCGCAGCCUCAACAGCCACAAAGAAAUUCACAGUCACAACACAUGUUUAAACCAAUGGCUCCUGCACGUAAACCCGAGGAGCUUGAUUCAUUAGCGGCUAAUUUAAAAGAGCUUGGUAUGCAACAGCCUUCCUCCAAUAAUGGUGUAGCGGCACAACCCGAAGCUCCGCCUAGGAAUAACAGGAAUAACUCUCGUUCACAGGCAUCUAAUAAUAACAACGUGUCGCCGCCGAGCACUUCAAAUUCGGCAAACGAUAGGGCGUUAGAUGUGGAUAGCGAAAGCGAUUCGGAGCCUGAGGAGGGCGGUAGGGGAGCUCGAAACGAUGGGACGCUAUUGGCUAGCGACCCGCCUAAGCCUCUGGCCGGUCUUCCCGGGGUUCCUGAAGGCUCCGCUAGCGUAUCGAGCCCGGGUGCGACUAGUGGCGGUUCGGGUUCAACCGUGGGCACCGGGGGCGCCCCCAAUCGUCCUCUUCCACCCACUCCUGACGAUGACGAAUCUCAGGGUGAUCGAACUCUAGUCCUUAGGAAGCAGCAGCCUGCAGCUAAAGGGUACAACAGAAGGGCCAACGAGGACGUGGACGAGGCGACUCUCCUAAAAGAGUGGAAUUUCGACAAGUUUUUCCCGAUAAAUAAAACGGGCGGCGAAAAUGCCAAUAAAAAAGCAACCGUCACCCCAAAAGAGGAUCCUAAUAAGAAACAGGGCCACAGAAGGAACGAUAGCGAUUCGAAAGUUACCCCGUUUUUCAGAGGGUUCCGGAGGGAGAACAGCGAUUUUUUCCCGUUAAGCUCGAGGCACAGCGCCAUCUAUAUUGAUCAAAAGGCGCGAUCGAGCGGUAUAUUUAAUAAUAGGCGGGGAUCCGAAGCCGGUUUGGGUAAAAAAACGACCGGAGAGCCGAUUUUAAUGGAUUGGAAGAGGACCGAUGCGCCGGUCUCUUCUACCCCCAAGAAAAUUGAGAUUAGCAGUUUAGUGCGCCCCCGGCGAGAAAAAACAGAAUCAGAUAUAGUACUGAGGCAUUCAGAAGCCCGCCGAAGUAUCAGAGAAACUCUAGAAGCUCGUAGAAAAGAAGUAGAAAAUCAAUUCGCUAGAGAAGCGGAGAGCAUGCGUAGGAGAAAUUCCAAACCGAUCGAAAUCCAUUCUUUGAAUGUAUCUAAUAUAUCGGGUGGAUCUCAGUCGAUCGACGGGGACGAGUUUUCUUUUAUCCAGAAUGGAAGAAGCAGUGAUCAUUCGAGGCAAAGUAGCGUGUUGCCAGAUUUACUUAGCCAAGCAAGCCCUGGAACACCCUCAUCCAGAGAUAAAUCACAAAGUGAAGAGUAUCGUCCGGAACAUUCAAAUAAUCCGCCCUUUUUGCAUGCUAACGCUCUCGCUUUGCAACAGAAACAACGGUCUUUCUUGGCGUUUGGUUUUGGUGCGAGUUCUCAACCCUCGAGACGCGAAUCACACGUCAACGUUAACGUUACGCCAACUUCACAUGACAUUUCGUCCGAUACACCGGAGAUAAGGAAGUACAAGAAGAGGUUCAACAGCGAAAUUUUGUGCGCGGCAUUAUGGGGUGUUAACUUGCUUAUUGGGACAGAACAUGGACUCAUGUUGUUGGACAGAAGUGGUCAAGGCAAAGUAUAUCAAUUAAUUUCGAGACGUAGGUUCCAGCAAAUGGAAGUGUUGGAAGGUCAAAACAUACUCGUAACGAUAUCGGGGAAGAAAAAUAGAGUUAGAGUCUAUUACCUAAGUUGGCUAAAAAGCAAGAUUUUGAGAACGGACGGCGUUAGUGAUCAAGUGGAACGGAGGAAUGGCUGGAUCAAUGUAGGAGACUUACAAGGGGCGAUGCACUUUAAAAUAGUGAAAUACGAACGAAUAAAAUUCCUGGUGAUAGCGCUUCGGGACAGUAUAGAGAUUUACGCUUGGGCACCGAAACCAUACCACAAGUUCAUGGCUUUCAAAUCUUUCUGUGAUCUUACGUUUCGGCCUCUUUUGGUCGACUUGACUGUUGAAGAAGGUACCAGGCUAAAAGUUAUUUACGGCAGCUCCGACGGUUUUCAUGCCGUGGAUCUGGAUUCGGCUAGCGUAUAUGAUAUUUAUUUACCGAAACAUACGCAAAAUAGUAUAACUCCUCAUUGUAUAGUAACAUUACCGAAUAGCAAUGGAAUGCAGUUAUUGCUGUGUUAUGAUAAUGAAGGUGUUUAUGUAAAUACGUAUGGAAGGGUAUCGAAAAAUAUGCUGCUGCAGUGGGGCGAGAUGCCGACAUCCGUCGCGUACAUCGGCACCGGCCAGAUAAUGGGUUGGGGCAACAAGGCGAUCGAGAUCCGAUCGGUGGAGUCCGGCCAUUUGGACGGCGUCUUUAUGCACAAGAAGGCGCAACGGCUCAAGUUCCUCUGCGAGCGCAACGACAAAGUUUUCUUUUCGAGCGCGAAAAGCGGAUCUUCUUGUCAGAUAUACUUCAUGACACUCAACAAGCCCGGCAUGAUGAACUGGUAACGGACGAUCGAAUAAUUAUUAAUUAGCUGAUCAACCCACCUGUUGUGAGUCGGGGUACAUCUCCGCAAUAAAAAAUUUGGGCUACUGAUCUUGGCUGUUGACAUGAUAAAUAUCGGUAUUGUUCAGUUAAAGAAAACCCAAUUCGAAUGUAUAACAAAUGAAACUGUAAAGAAGCACUUUUGCUAGGUGACUAAAUGACGUUCCUUUAAGUUUUUUGAGGUGUACAAGGUCUUUUUUAUAUUCACGUUGCCUAAUUAUGGGUAAUAAAGGUUCAAUUCGUAUCUGGGCAGGGUUAUGCAUUUUAAAAAUGGUGCAACUAGUCAUUUGCCUGUAGUGCAAUAAAUAUUAUUUUAACCCAGUAAAAAAUUCCCGAGUGAUUUUUUUUUUCGCAAGUAGCACAAUUUUUUUAAAAGCUAAUGUUUAUGGCACCUAAAACAACUUACGAUUUUUGAAAAAAGAACAUUUUUGUUUUAAGGCACUUAGUUUUUUACACAUGAUAAGGUACUGUUGGGUAAUAAGGCCGGGUUAAGAAAAAUAUUUUUGUUAUAACCAAAUAAAAAAUAUUUUUAUUACAAAGUAAGAUACAAAAGAUAAAUCAACAUGUAUUCUUUUAAAAAACAUAACUAAAAAAUGAAAACAAGAAUUUUUAAACAUUCAUAAUGCAAAAAAAUAAAAACAACUCUUUUGGCCUUAUUACCAGCAUAGGCAGGUAGCAGGUAAUAAGGCCGAUUUUUAAAAUUUCCUCAGGGCAUGCAUUCAGGGCAAAUAAAUGCUUCUUUAUCUUCAACUGUUAGUCCAACACAUUCUUCGUGAACCCAAGUACCACAAGAUGAACAUGCUCUCAUAUCGGCUACAAAGUCAAGCAGGCAAACAGAACACAUCCAUACAGCUGAAAGGCUCGUAGUUGGCGUAUUGGCGGACUUCCUCUUCACAACAGAACCCUUUUUUGAGAUAUUGGUAACCUUUUUACCAGAACUACGAUCCUUAAAUAUGUGCCUUUUGACCUCUUGAGCAUGAUAAUUCAAAGCCUUUCUUCGAUUGGAGGUUUUUAUUGGUGCCAUAUCAGGUGUAACUAAAACUUCAGAGAAAGAGUUUUGAUGUGAAGUUUCUCCUUUUUCAGCUAAAUCUUCUGACUGAGUUGAUUGAGACUGAGACUGAUCUGCAGGGCUGGUACUGGAAUGUACUGUUGAAUUAUCCUUAGUUGUCUUAAAUAAUGUUGCUAAUGGAAUAUCAUCUUCCGAAUCCCAAAGUUCUUCCCUUACUAUGGCACUUUCCUCACUAUUUUCAGCUGCAAUAUUUUGACCACGAUGAGUUGGAAGACUUGGGGCGAAUGCAUGUUCAGGAAUGGCGUUUCUACUGAACGGGUAGAUACCAGUUGAGCUAAAACCAUUGCAGAUGUUAUUAAUAGUCAUGCACUUUCCCCAGACUGGCGUGAAUACAUCAGAAAAUCUCUCUUUACUCAACCUUCUAUCAGGAUGUUGACUCCAAUAUUCAAGAAGCUGUUGAUCCCAGUGGGAUUCAAAAGACCGGAAAACGGAUUUGUCCAUUGGCUGGAGCUCGUGAGUCGUAUUACUGGGUAGGCAUAAAAGCUCAAUUCCUAAAGUUUCUGCCUUUUCAGCAAUGGACUCAUCUAGGUGACUUGACGCUCCAUCAAAAAUUAAAAUUGUUGGAGGGGAAGACAUAAAUUGUGAGAAGUGCUCCAGCCAUUUGAUAAAUAUCUCAGUCGUCAUGCUGCCCUUUGCGGUCAUGUGUACAGCUGAGCCUGCCGGUAAACCAUCAGAAUAGCAAGGUUUUCCACGUUGCCCUUUGAAUAAAAUCAUAGGUGGUAUGACAUGGCCUAGGGCAUUUGCACAAGCGACUACUGUGACGUUUUCCGCAUGUUCAGGCGCCACUAAGUGCACUCUUUUGGCACCUUUUUGGGCUAGUACUAGCUGCUGGUGAUGAAGGGUUAAUCUGCAACCCUUCUCAUCCAUGUUGUAAAUUUUUUCGGGGCUAUGUUUUAAUCCGGUUCUACACAGCAGAGCAUCCAAUUUAUCAAAAUAAUCAUUUACAAUGAAAUGAUUCAAUUUCUGAGCUCGGGCAGGAUUUAAUUGCUGUGCUUUGCGUUGAGCUAUUUGUGGAUGACGUCUUAGAAAGGCACGGUACCAUUCUUUACCCGCCAAUUUUUUUUCCCGGUUAAAUUUAUGUUUAACGCUCAUUUUCUCACAAUAAUUGAAAACACUUCGGCGUAAAACUUUCGAAGUUAACGGAAAGCCUCUGCUAGAAAAUCUCAAUAUUUUCCUUUCUAAGUCCGUUUCCUGUUCCAUAUUUAAUACUGGUUUUGCUCCCAAUGACGUGUUUGAGGAACCGGAUUUAAGGUGAUUCCUUAAGGUACGACGCGGAAUCCCAGAUUGCUGUUCCACCCAUUCUUGAGACCGACCACUCCUUAAUAGCUGAAGGGCCUCUUCCAUCAUUUCUUCGGUCCAAUUUGCUCGUAUUCCUCGAUUUUUUUUCCCCAUAACUGAAAAAUAAAAAAGUAUUUUCUACUGCGUAUGUAGGAGACAGAUAAUAUCGCCGGAACAUUGUAGCUACAGCUAUAAUACUUACCUAAGCUAGAAAACUGCUCCGCGCUGUAACUGUUGCUGACACGUUGGUAUAAAAAACUAUUUUCUAAGACUUCCGCAGGAAUCCUACAUGGAAAAACAACUUUUAGACCAUCUUGUAAUAGGCCUUAUUACCUGGCUAGAAACUUAAAGGUAACCAUUUCGGCAGGCAAUAAGGCCGGGAGCUCAUUGCAUUGAGAUAAGGUGGGAAAUUUCUUUAAAAAAAUAUAUAAGUAAGUAAAAAAUAUAUAAGUAAUGGGAUUAUUUUUUUAAGACUUUUGCCAGCGUAAACAAUUAAGAUAAAUUUACAAAAAAUUACGCAUUAUUUUGUAGCCGGCUUUAUUAUCUGCAAACAAAUUUAAUGGUAAGGCAGGUAAUAAGGCCGCGGCCUUGUUACAAGUCUGGCAUCCAUUUUCUUUUUGAGGUUAGAUGUAACAAAAAAAGAGUAAAUAAAACGAAACAACUAUGUUAAGUUAAUCUAUAUACCAACACAAUUUGGAAAAUAUAAUGCAAACAAUACUCUAAUCAAACUACCAAAAAAUUUUACUCACCUUUUGCAGGUAUUUUUUACAACACGGACACGAAAACACUUCCAAAUUUUUAAACACGUGCAUGUAGGUAAAUGGAGGAAUGUAUACUAGCUCGCAAAGCGCCAACUGUUUUGUGUUAGAUCUGUCUACACCUAGAUGGUGCCACUAGGACCACAGAAUAUUAAGGUAUCCGUUGGGAUAACUUUGGCUUUAUUACCUGCCCGGCCUUAUUACCCAACAGUACCUUAUAUCAAAUCAUAGGCACAAGCAUGCCUAAAAACUAACUAGUAUAAGUAACAAUUCAAAAAAUGAAUAAACUGUAACUAAUUGGGUCGGUCACUUACACUGAUCGAUUUUAUCAAAUCUUAUCUCCUUGAGUACAUUUCGACUGCAUUUUGGUUUUGGCCCUAUAAGGUACUCGGGUGCUGUCAAAAUUGAUAAAACUAUUUUACUGCUAAACUCUAGUAAACUUAUCUUUGGGUGAACGUACCUAUAAAGAAUCCACAUAUUUAUCAAAGCUCCAUUGAUACAAAACCUGAUAUGAUAUGUGCUAUUUCUUUGAUCGAAUUCUAUAAAGAGCCCUUAGCUUAUCGAAUAAAUCAACUCCACCCAAUUGGUUAUACAAGUUGAUAAGGCUGGGUUGAUCGACUUGAACAUAUUUUUUUCCUUUUUUUACCAACUCCUACACUGGCCCUUCAAAAAGCAAAUUUGAUCAAUAUCUACGUUGGUUCCAAUGGUGACUUGAUCUUGAUCACUAUUAUCAUGCCAUCUUAUCAAACAAGUGGAUUUAUCAACUUCUUGCGGAACAUAGCUGCUUCCACUAGCUCUAGAUGCUAAUUAAAUGAUUAUACGUUUCAGACUUAGUUUCGCAAUACAUUCUUAUGGUCGGCAACUUAUUGUACCCUGAUAAAAUCAAGACUCCAAGUUAAACGUACAUUUUUGUAGUGGAUACAGAGAACUUAUAUUUGCCUUUAAAAUUCCAAAUUCUUCUGGAAAAAACUCUUUGGACAAAUCUAUUGGUGCUAGACCGUUGUCUUUUAUCUUAUUUGCAAAAUCUGGUGGAGGAGCUUUGGAAAUUUUUAGUUUUUCUGAAAUAGGAUCCAGUAAUUUUGAUUGCCAUGUUCUAACUUUUUUUACUUUUACAGAUAUCUGUUAAAUGUUACUGCUUCCAGCUGUUUGGUCUGUAGCCUCUUUUCGAAUCCUUUUACCCAAAAUUGAAAGCGGUAUAUUAUAAUCCAAGAUAUCAUUUUUGUCGCUAUGUUGACGAUCAUCUGGAGGUAAUAAAAUAAAAUCAAGCCGAUCACAUUCUUGCAAGAUAUCAUAGUUUUCAUGUUUAUGACUAAUUUCAUUAAGAAAAUUGAUAUGCUCUUCAGCAUCUUUUGGGUAUUCAGGAUUAUAAAAAGUCUCCCUAAAAACAAAAUGUAUGUAUUACUUCCUAUGAUAUGAUAUUUCAUACGCUAAAAAAAACAUCGAUAAAUAAAAAACUAAAGAACAAAAUUGGUUCAUUUAGUUUUUUUUGAUACACAACAAAGUACUGACAAAUAAAUUUUAACAAUUAUUUAUUAAAAAAGUAUUCUAUUAUAAAAUAAAACAUAACCUUACCUUAGCGGCAUGACACUAAAAAAUGUAUUUCAAAGAUAAUCACUGCAACUCUGUGAAUACAGUAAUCCCUCGUCAACCGCGGGGGUUCCGUUCCAGAUAGGGUGCCGCGGUUGGCAAAACCGCGGUUAGCGAGGGAUUUUCUAAAAACAGAAGAAUAUAAAAUAUUAGUGUGGAAAUAUGUAAUUAAGACACCAAAUUUACUUUGUUGUACAUAUGUAUGUACAUAUCUAUAUUAAAAGUAGAUACAUAAUGAUUUUGUUAUAAACGUAUACAACUUAUUUUCGAAAAUAAUGUAAAAUUGUCGGCUGCUUCAUUUUUUUGGUGAGUUCUUUUUGGAUCUCCCUAUACGGAUGCAGUAGCCCAUUCAAACCAUUUGAAAACUUUAGGCUUCUUUCUAGUGAAGGGUCUUCAUCAUAAACUAAAUCUUGCAACUGUUGUGCGGUUGAUAAAAUUUUUUGUAAACUACUUAACGUUAGGGAUGUAGUAGUAAUUGUAGUAGUCGUCGGCUCGUCGGGGGUUUCAUCAUCUGUAUUGUCUUCGAUAUCUGAUGUAUUUUCCAGGAUUUCAACUAUAACUUCUUCAACGUCACUUGAUUGCAACUCGUCCCAUGAAUUUGGUGCAAGAUUCUUACAAUCUCUUCAAUUUCGGUUGCUUUGUCAGGAAUUGUUGAUGUGUCUGCCACAACCUCUGGCCACAGCGUUCUCCAACAGGCAUUCAAUGUUGAUGAACGUAACUCAUCCACUGCUUCUUUGAUAAAUAUUAUGCAAUGGGCGAUAUUAAAAGCUUUCCAACUUUCAGUCACUGUGAGACCAGGAUUUUGUUCCAUGUUAUUCAAUACAUAACUGAAAGUUCGCUUAACAUAAUAUCUUUUAAACGCUGCUAUUAUUCCCUGAUCCAAUGGUUGUAUCAAUGAUGUAGUGUUAGGAGGCAGGAAACAAACUUCUAUGUUUGGAUCAGCAAACUUUAAGGAUUCAGGAUGGCCGGGAGCAUUAUCAACAAGAAGUAAAGCUUUGAAUGGCAACGAUUUUGAGGUUAAAUAUUGCCUAACACUGGGUACGAAGCAGUUCAGAAACCAAUCUGUAAAUAAUGUUACAGUAACCCAACCUUUUUGAUUCGCUCUCCAAAACACCGGCAGAUCUUUUUUGUUUUUAUUUUUUAGAGCACGUGGGUUAAGAGAUUUGUAUGCGAGCAGUGGCUUUAUCAUGUGGUUACCUGAAGCAUUAGAGCAAAACAGAAGAGUAAACCUAUCCUUAGCAACUUUAAAUCCUGGUGCGGAUCUUUCAGUUGAGACACAAAUGUUGGAGCAGGCAUCCUCUUCCAAAAUAAACCUGUCUCAUCGGCAUUAAAUACCUGAUCUGGAUGAUAUCCCUUGCUUUCAAUUAGUUUUUUGAAUUCCAUCGGAUACCGAUUAGCUGCCUCGUGAUCUGCAGAAGCCGACUCUCCUGUAAUAUUUACGUUGUGCAGCGAAAAUCGCUUUUUAAAAUUUUCAAACCAACCCUUACUGGUUUGGAAGCUUACCGUUUCCUCAUUAGACUUUAGGUUCUCGAAAAGACGCUUAGCUUUUUCUUGAAUAAUUUGGGUGCUAAGUGGUAGUCUUUUUUUAGUUUGAUCCUCGAUCCAAAUUCCGAGCGCCCUUUCCAUCUUUUCCAUCGUUAGAGGUCGCGAGAAACAUUUUACUUUGUUGCUGGUAUUAGUACCGCGCGAAACACUGGCCCGAAUAGAUUGCUCACUCUUUUUUAUGGUUCUUACAGUUGAUUCAUUCACUUUAAAUUUUUUUGCAGCACUCGCAUACGUUUCACCUGCAGCAAGACAGUCUAACAAUUGAAUUUUUGUGUUAAGAGUCAUUACAUUUCGCUUUCUUUUUUAACAAAAUCGUGGCCUGUGGACGCCAUUAUAUUAUAACUAAAUAAUUAACUCAAGAAAAGGACAAUCACACUAAUCACCAACUUAAUUUGCUAAUGAAUGUUACUUAAAUGCGUAACUAAUCACACGCCACGUCGCGCCACGUGGCUGUGCGUUCCGCGAAAAAGGUAACAAAACAAUUCCUCGAAAAUUAGAAUAGGCGUUUUCGCGCGUAAGUUCGCGACGAAAACGCACAGCGCUGUUAAUUUGUUUGAAAAUUUAGAGAAGCCGAUUUAGCAAGACAAAACCGCGGAUAAUCUAAUCAAAUCUGCGGUUGAAAAAACCGCGGUUGAUGAGGGAUUACUGUACUUUUAACUAUUUGUCAAUUCAACACUUAGAUAUAUUCCCAGUAAACGUUUAGGUCGAACUAAAUUAUUAUUUACUCAUUAUUUUUUAUUAACGGCUUCACGUGUGAGAACUCAGAACAGCGAUUUGAUGUUUUUAAUAUGAAAUAUCAUAUCAUAGGCAGUAAUAAGUUAAACAGAAACAGCUUUAAGCAGAACCAAACGUUUAGAAUUUAGUCGUUAAAAUGAGGCAAAAACAAUAAAUCACCUAAUCACCAGGAAUUAAAUAAAAUUGCUUUCCUAUUGCUCGCAUGGACAAGACAACUUUUGAAAUGAUACAGGAGAUGGAUAAGACAAGUUUCGAAAUAAUACUUGAUUUUUCCUAUGCUUUUAUCGUAGGCUAAGGCAAGUUUGGGCAUGUCUUACUUUAUUUAAUGGAUAGAGGACUAUUAAGAGAUCCUAUUAGCGCAACGACCUUACUUUCCGUAAAAACUGGAUAGGGCAAGUUUAGGGAGAAUGUUUGUUUCGGGUUUUUGGAAGUUCCCUCAUUUAGAAUACCUUUUUCCAGUCAUCAAUCGUGAAAUUCUUGUAUUUUUGUGCCCAAAGGUAUAGCGUUGAUAUCAUAACAGAUUAAGUCUUGGUUUGCGUGCUAGGCUACGUCUAAUAAGACCUUCUUGUGCUAACCUCCGCUGCACUGUUCUUUCAAUGACGGUUUCAAAAACUUUUUUUGCGAGAAGUUUUAUUGACAUUUCUCAACACAAAUAUUGCGGAUUUUUCGGUCGCUUCUCUCUAUCGGAUGUUCCGAUAAUUUUUUGAGUUUAUGUUCAAUCGCAUGAACUUCGGAACUCGGAUAGUCAACACUAAUGUUAAAGUUUUCAGUAAAAAUUUUACGGUACUUUUAGUAUGACACUUAAUUAUCGGGGUACAUUUCUUUGUUCAUAUUGGGCAUCCUUUAUACAUUUGAUUCAGGGGACAAAUAGGUCCUCAUUGAGUCUUAAGACUGAAGUGACUCAGUCGACCUUUAAAAGACCCAAUGUGGAUGCAAACGGCGUCAAAGGUGUCUUUAGUGAUGAUUUUUCUAUUUGUAUGUUGACUGCGAUCGUCUUUAGGUUGGACACCUUUUUUAAUGUAUCGAUAACAACUUUUUUUUGGAAAUACCAUGUAACGAACAAAACGCUUUAUAACAUACGAGUAUUUCCACGAUACUUUCUUCUCAAUUUACUCGCACAUGGUAUGAAUAUGCACAAUCAUGUAGCCGAGCAUUUUUUCAGCUUGUCUAGGCCUGCCUGAAAAACUGUAUUUACAUAAAUAAAUUCAUUUAAAUAACUGUUCUGUUCAUUAACCGGUAUUUUAUUAAAGUUUAUUAUACAAUUUCUGUCUCUCCGUGAAAAUUUGAAAACAUUUUAAUAGCACACACUUACAAUCAGGUCCACUUUCAUGAGUUAAUGCAAGAAGGUUCUUUUUAACGUCCCUCAUUCUACCAGUUAUUUUUCGUUUCUUAGCUUUUUUAUUACAUAUUUUAAUGUCUGUUACUUCUAUUAUUUCGACAAAUUUAAAACCAAAUAGGGGAAAGGUUUUAAUAUUGGACCAUCUAACAAAAUACCUCUGUAAAAUGAAAUUUUGUGAACCAAAUUGUAACAAAAAAAUUGUACAUAACUUUAGGGCUGUUAUAAAUGUAUAGAGCUUACAAAACAGGCUAAAACCUGUUCCUGCGGUUAGCAAAAAAAAAAACAAAUCAAAAUAGAGUCAUUGGCAAUUUAGGAUACUGGUUUCCUAUUUUGAACCGCAAGUUCCCUAAAUUGAACCAUGUCUAAGUUUUUUUUUUUUUAAUGAAAAAGCGUUUAUUAAACUAUUCAAAUACAGUACAAAACUAAAUGUAAUCCUGAGAUUAAUUUACUAAUAUACAUAUAAGCCUAAAAUAUUGGGUAUAUCAAAGAAAAAAAAUCAGUCACUGUCAGACUCGCAGUUUAUAUAUUCGUAGAACUCAGUAUUGCGACCAGUGGUGCACUUUAAGUGUGCCCACUUCUUGCACAAAACACAGCGUAUCCACUCUUCCCCUGGACCAGAUUGCAAAAAUGGAGAUAGGCAAACGAGACAAAGGCACUCUUCCGAUUGCGAUUCAUUUGAUGACUUUUGCGCCAAACGGCAUUUUCCCUUAUCGGAUUUAGAUGCAGAGAACUGUCCCUUGAAGGUCGGCUUUAAAGAAGAAAAUACCUUUUUAACGGUUUGAGGAGGUGCCACUUUUUUAUGUUGUUUUUCUUCAAGGGCAUUCUUGUAGGGGCUACUAGUUAUUAUUGUCGUAGAACUGGAAGCUGCUGUGCGCGAUUUUCGCUUUGAAAUUGGUAGAGGAGAUAUUUCAGAAAUGGAUUUUCUUUUUUGGGGUUAUGGCGAUGGCUUGGAGCAUGCGAGCUCUACCGACAUAUCUGAGGAUGUGGAGGCAUGUUGGGAUAGGCUGUUGAUGUUAGUAGAAGUACUCUGGGACAUUUCGUUUACUGAAGAGGUAAUGUUGUCUUUUGGCGCAUUUGUAGCCUCAAUGUUCACAUUGGAAAGGCAAACGAAAUCACUGUCAUCAAACACAUUUUGAUCUAAACGCCAUAUGCCGCAUUUCGCAAAUCCGCUUAUAGCAUUUCCCACUGAUGCAGCUUUUGCAUAUGCUUCUCCCAGUAUCAUACCUGAAAUUGCGUAAUAUUUUGGGUAGGGUACGCACGAAGCCAUUUAUCUGCUGCUUGAUUGUAAUAUGAUCUAAGGGGCUUAAAGAAUGAGAAGUUACAGGGUUGCAACCUGUGGGUAGUGUGGGCUGGUAGUGACAACAUGAUGAUUCCAUUAUCCCUUGCUAAAGUUAUGGAUUCUAAAUUUUUUGUAUGGGUGGUAUGUCAAUCCAUUAUCGAAAGUACUUUCUUAUUUUUAGAUGGCUUCGCAAAAUUAAUGAAAUGCCUUAGCCAUUUUGCGAAUAAUUCACUUCUUAUCCAGCCCGAUUCUAAGCAAGCAAAUUCUGUCUCUGGAGGUGCGCCUUCUUUGAGUUCAUCUUUGAAUCUUAUUCGCUUGAAUAUAAGCAUCGGUGGGACGUACAUACCAGCAGCAUUAAUGCAGCAAACACAUGUCGUGUUUACUCCACGUUCUCCGCUUGUAAGAGAUCCUAUUUGAUGCUUACCCUUCUGUCGAAUUAUUUUUUGCGGUCUCUGGACUGUAGAAAGGCCGGUCUCAUCGACAUUAUAAAGGGUGUUUUUUUGAGAGGUAUACAAAUUUGAAGUGAAAUAAAACUAUUAAAAAAAAAUCAUUGACAUGGUAUUGGUUUUAUUUAAAAGAUAUUGUUAUGCCAUUAGUGCUUAAAAAUGAUUUCGGGCAUAUGAGCGCCACGGCUGGUUCGAAUGUAGCGUAAUCGGGAAGUCCAAUUUUCGACCACUUUUUCAAGCAUCUGAGGCCGUAUCUCGGAAAUAACGCGGCGAAUGAUUGUUUCCAGGUGAUCCAACGUCUGUGGUUUAUCUUUGAAGACAUGUGACUUCACAUAUCCCCAAAGAAAGUAAACCAGGGGUGUGAGAUCACACGAUCGUGGAGGCCAGUUCACAGGUCCAUUGCGUGAAAUUAUGCGAUCAUGGAAUGUUUCCCGCAAUAAAUUGAUAGUGUCACGCGCUGUGUGGCAUGUUGCACCAUCUUGUUGAAACCAAAGCUCUGCCACAUCAAGUCGGUUCAACUGAGGAACAAAAAAGUCGGCAAUCAUGGCUCUAUAACGUUCUCCAUUGACUGUAACAUUCUGGUUGUUAUCAUCUUUAAAAAAAUAUGGGCCAAUGAUUCCUCCUGACCAUAAAGCGAACCAAACUGUGACUUUUAGUGGAUGUAAGGGCGUCUCAACAAAAGCUUCUGGAUUUUCUCCACUCCAAAUUCGGCAAUUUUGCUUAUUGACGAAGCCGUUCAAACAAAAAUGAGCCUCAUCGCUGAACAACAUUUUUGAUUGAAAAAAUGGGUCAAGCUGAAUACUGUUUUCCGUCCAUUCACCGAACAUAUGCAUAAUGGUCACGCGGUUUCAAUUCUUGCACAAGUUGGAUGUUGUAAGCUCGCAAGCCAAGAUCUUGCCGCAAAAUCUUCCACAAAGUGGAUGGACACAGCCUCAAUUGUUGUGCACGAUGGCGAAUCGACUCAUUCGGGUCCUCUUCAACACUAUGCUCCACAGCAGCAAUAACUUCUUCUGUGCGCACACGUUGACAAUCACCAGAAACAGUUUUGACAACUUAAAAUCCAAACCUCUAAAAAAACACCCUUUAUAUCUCCGACGGACCAAACUUAUGUUUAUCGUAAAGAGCCGUGAGGCAAUUAAAAAAAGCUUCAACUUUUUCCUUGCUGAACCCUACAGCCCUCGCCGCUGAAGUUGCUUCCGGCUGGAGAAGCGAUAGCUCUUUGUGUCUAGACAAAAAACAAUAAUACCACUUUUUGCCCGCUCGUCCAUUUUUAAACCUGUGCGGAAUUCCAUUUGCUUCGGCGACAUCGUAUGCGAGUUUCCUUAAAUCACUACGAGUGAUUCCAAACAGACUUCUCUCAAGCUCUAGAACAUGCUUUACUAUCUCUUUCUCAAUUUCUGGUGGAAGAUCUGCGUCUCGUCCAAAUUUUUUCACUUCCAUGAACAUGUUUGUUUUUGUCGUCAAUUCUGUGUUUUAAAGUUGCCUUCGGUAUUUUAUACCUUCUAGCUAUUUUGUUUAAUUUUUUGCAUACUUCCAUUUUGAUAGGCAAUUAAGGUUUGUUUCAUAUCUUCCUCGUUCCAUUUUCCAUAUUUUUCACGUUGUGACAUACUUACCUUGAAGAAAAAAAACGUUGCUUAAUUUGGACCGGUCCAAAAUAAGAGUUAUUAAGUGGUUCAAUUUAGGAUACUAUACCCUCACUUUAAAAUAGUCGUUUUUAAAACGAAAAAAAUAGGUAAACUAUUAGGCGAAAUAAUAGGUGACAACAUGUUUAAAAUGUAUACAUAGGCAGAUGACAAAGUUACUCACCGGUAAAAAAAUAAAGCCCUAUGAAGCUAACAGCAAAAUUACAUCAGCCAGCACAUGUUAUUUUCCGAAUUAUCCGAACUGUACAGAUUUCUUGUUUCGGGCUGCGGCUAGCAAAUAUAUAAGCUAUAUCUACCGGCCGCGUAUUACCAUUCUUUCAUAUUAUACAGAGCAACUGUGCUCCGAAACGCAGUGGAGAAUGGCUUAGCAAAUACGCGUAUGCUUAAAUGCCAUUAUUUACUGCGAUUCAGCACAUCGCCCAAAUCGUAAUACUCUGAAUCGCAGUAAAAUUUGGAAGUAAUAUAGUCGCGGUAUUUAAAUACCAAUUUUUACUGCACCCCAGCCACUUAAUUAAAUUUUAUAAGUUAGAAUAUUUUUACUGUAUCACUUUAACGAACGGAUAUUUCAAUUUGCUUUUUGCAGUCGUCAUUAAAGAAAAAUGAUGUAUGAUAAUCCAAAAUAAAAUAGCACAUACAACAGUAAACAUUUUAUAAUGAAAUAUAAUAUCAAUUUUUUGUAAAUAAUGAUGAGACUACCAAAAUAAGAAAAUUUAUUUUUCAAAGAAAUACGUACAUAUUUGAAAUAUCGUUAAUUAUAAAGAAAAUAUUAAAUAAACACUAAAAGUCUAAAUAAAAAUAAUUUUAACAUAUUUUUUAUUUAUUAUUUUAUUUUUUAAGUUUAGAGCUGUUUUCUCGUGGGGUCCUUUGGUUUAAGAAUAUAUGUCACAGUUAUCGAUCGUGAGAAAAUCAACUUUUUAAAACAACACGCUUAUGGUAUACAGACUGUCACAGAUAAGAUUUACAAGAGGACCAAAAAUUUAAUUUUUCGGCAAAAAGUCAUAUUUUAUAAAAAUGUUUGCUUGCAAAACAAAUAUGAUUCACCAAAAAAAAAAAAAAAAAAUUUGGUUUAUUUGUACAGGGUUCGCAAAAACUUCAAAAACGUGAUUUUUUUCCCGAAUAAAGUACCAUUAUUUUUUUCUUUUAAAGCAAAAUGUCAUAGAAAAAUGUAUUUAGAAUAACACUUUCGCUAAAAUAAUGUUAUUUUAAAAUUUUAAAGGCAGUCAACAUUUUGGGAAAACAAGAAAUAUUGAAUAUGGAGAGGGAGCGUUUGAAGAGUAAAUUAUUAGAUUUUAUUCUUAUUUGUUGCUAUUUCAAGCUUCAGUAAUAUUAUUUUAUUUGUAAAAUUAAAAAUUUAUAUUUUCGAAAAUCAUGUUUUUGUUGUUUUUGUAAACCCUGUACAAAAAAAUCAAAAUUUUUUCUUUGUGAAUCGUAUUUAUUUUACAAGCAAAAUUUUUUUAUCAAGAAUGACUUCUUGCCGAGAAAUGAAAUUUUUGGUUCAUUUGUGCCCUUUUAACCCUAUCCGCCGAGGAUAGUCUGUAUAUUAUCUUGUUACGUUUAAAAAUCUAUAAAUGUCAUUUAAAAUUUAAAGGUUUAAUGUCUACCGUGUGAUUUAGCAUUUGGGAUAUUUUCUGUAAUUAAGAGUAAUACGAGAAUAUACGAGAGUUUUGUUUAGGUUUUUAGUAACUGCCCCUUUCUGAGUUGAGGGUCUUCCCGACUGAACUCUCUUGGCUCCAGAAGUAAGGCCUGGUCUUUUUUUACGCCUGCUAAUUGAUCCAGGUUGCACUCCUAUAUUUGCGAAAUAUCGCGUUUUUCUAACCCCAUUCAAUUUUAUAAUUGAAUUUGUUAAAUCAACAGAUCUAUUUUCUGUAGCCAUUUUUGUAAGCCUUAUGAAAUUUAAAUUUAGCUCUUCAAUAGCGGACAAAUGUUUUUUUGCAAUAACUUCGCCAUCUUCCGUUUGCGUAAUGGUUAUUGAAGAUAUCUCAUGAUGACUUUCUUCUUUAUUGCUGUUAUUAUUUUUGAUAUCACAUUCUUUGGAGCUAGAAUCCAUAUUUUCAAAGAAAUCUUCAGAAAUGUCAUAUCCGAGACUUAGCUUAGCAAGUGUUUUUUUAUAAUUUGUUAAUAACGGAGCAUUUUUAAAAACUAUACCGCAUUUUUCUUGAACAGCACAAAGGUGUUUACAAAACUUACCGCUAGAGCCAUAAGGACAGUCGCACAUUGCUAAAUCGAUAUCCACUGUGUAUAUUAAAGAUUGGUCUGCAUUACUACUUAGUGAAUACAUGUAUUCAUUAAUUUUUUCUACAUUCAUAUUUUGAAUUUUGCCACAAAAUUUCAUGUACAGAAAAUUAUUUUUUGUUGAUCGAUUAUUGGCAAAUAAUAAGAUGUGUAUUUUAUGGUAUGACUCAAAAACAUUGACUAUAAAAUCAACUAAGGCACACAUAUUAAAUGCUUUGCAUCAUUUUAAAACGAUGUCUUUGAAUCUGCGUAUUGAAGAUUCUACGAUGUGUUGUUCCCCCUCGUCAUCACAUUUUUUCUAAAACACAAACACCAUUCUUCCUUUCGUAGCCAAAAUUUGUUUACAUAAGUUUUUAGGUCAUAUUUCUGAACGAUACUGUCAUUCAUAAAUUCAUUAAAAUAGUCAUUGGCCUCUUCAACUGUUAAAGCGUACAUGAUAUGUUAAAACAACUUCAUUACAUAUCUUCGGUUUUCUUUCAGAAUGUUAUUGUGGCUAUCCAACAACCAACGCCAGAAAGUCUGGCAAACAUGAAAAAUGCAAAGAUAUAGAACAGGUCUUUCAUUUUCCGACGUAGAAAACACAGAUAAUAGAGCAUUUCUUUCCGCUGCGCUAUCGUCUGUCAUAAAUACUUGUGGAUAAGGGGAACUACCAAAAGAGUCUUUUGCUUCGGUUUGUGCAGUGUGUAAGAUGCAAGCCAAUGGUAUAGCCCCAAUUUUUGAAGCACUAAACAUAAAUGUAACGCACGUAUUAGUCUGGUCGCAGGAACCACUGGAGUCUAUGAAUACUACUUCACUGGAAAACCAUUCUUUAUGCGCACGUAGCAUUAUUGGAGUUAAAAUGACAACAAUAAGUAGAUUUUCUCUAAUUGCUAUUUUAGCUAUUUUACUUUCCCUAUAUUGGAGAGACUUCUUUUGUAAAACGUUUAACACACUUAGCUCGUCACGUCCUCCAAAAUUAGUGGAUUGAUUCAGAGUAUUAUGAUUUGGGCGAUGUGCUGAAUCGCAUUAAACAAUGGCAUUCAAGCAUACGCGUAUUUGCUAAGCCAUUCUUCACUGCGUUUCGGAGCACAGUUGCUCUGUUUAAUAGUAAAGAAUGGUAAUACGCUUCCCGGCCAACAAAUGGCGCCUGGCACAGUUUUUACUCGAAUAAAGGCGAUGGUCCAAUUUAAGAUAGUGUUGUAAAAAUUCGGAUUAAUUCAAUAUCCGGACAGCAUUGAUUCGGAUGAAUUGAAAAUUCGGUUUUUUCAUCCGGAUUAAUUCAUCCGCUCGAUGUCUCGCCCGUUCGGCAAAUUAUGCCAUGUUUCGGCCUUCGGGCUCGAUGCUCGACCGUCCGAUAAACGUUUUUUAUAGCUGUUUUUCGAAUAUAAGGUAUGCAUUAUGCAACCCAUUAGACAUUUCGUUUUUACGCAUUUCUACAUGAUGUUGAAACUAAAAUAGCUAAUUAUGUAUGUAAUAAAUCAAGUGUAUUUUAAACGAUGCAGAAUAUCACUACAAAAAUGCUGUGUUUACAAAAAAACUUCUGAAGGUCAGGCGACCCUUAUAAAGUUUGGGCAUUCUCAUAUUGUCUCUUAUGUUUCUAAAUGAGUACAAUAAGGAUAGAUAAAGCAAUAGGUUUACACAAGGCGACGCGACAAUACUGCCGAUUGCCGGGUUAUUUGUCCGGACGAUUUAAUUCGGAUUCUCUUAGCCGGUGGUACGUGGAACUUCGUGUCACUUAGUGCAAGCUUUUAUUUCAUUGUCGGUCGAACGGGCGGCGUGUAUCCGGACGAUUUAGAUAUCCGGAAUAAUUCGAUAUUCGGAUUGAACGGACGAUUAAUCCGGACUCUUCGCAUCACUAAUUUAAGAGCCGGUCCAAAAUAGGGACCUCUCCCCUAAUAUAUUUUAAUGGUUUAAAACCAUGCAAACUAACAACGAGAAAAGAAAACAAUAACACCAAGACUAAAACAAACAUGGUGCUGACACGAUUCGAGAACAGGAUGUAUAUCGUAUGAUUUUACAGUGUUGUCAACUUGACAUGCCGCCUUCUUUUGUUGUUUUGCAUUGACACUCUCCCUUUUUUCCUGUAUAUGGCAUAUUUUAAAAUCGUUAAAAAUCUUGACCAUCCUCUUUAUUGCAACGAAAGUUAGGUGAUAAAAAGAAGACAUUAAGUACAAAGUACGUGCAGCGAUGUGAAGCUCAAAAAUCUAAAAAAUUUACAUUCCCCGUGUACCCUUCAUUUGUUUUAUCACUUGAUCGCCAUAAACUUGAGUCUAAAAAGGAGAUUUCAAUUUUACUCCAUCAAUAUACAUAUAUUUGGUUUUGAUUAACCCUAUUCUUAGACCGAAAAAAUGCGGUAGUAUGAUUGAUAUUUUUGGUAGAACUAACUUCGUUAGUAAAUCGGUUUAUAAACGUUACCUUUUAUAACCUAAAGCGAAAGUAAAUUUCGCUUUAAAUUCAUUUAAAAAUAAUAACUUUUACUUAAACCCAGGCCCGUAAUAUAAAAAAGACUUUGAACUAAUCGAGUGAUGGAUUAACUACCUUUUAAAAGCGAAAAGAACGUUGAACAGUGAAUAUUACUUUUUUAGUAAUUCAUUCUUAAUCCCAAUCAACCGAAAGUUAACAAAAAUUAAAUUAAUAUGAAUCCUUGGUAAGCAUGCUUCUGAAUGUGGCAAGUAUUCCCGUGUAGGAACAACAUCAGUCGUUGACUCGUGGUUUAUUGCAGCAAGUCGAGCCCGAUGUUGUUUCUGCUUGGAAUGGAUGUUGUUUCUAAAAUAACCGUUCAUCUACGUUUACGAUUAAAAAUAUCUUAGCAUAAUAUUGCAUGUUCCUCCUUUGUUUCCCUAAUAACAUUCUCUCAAUUUGCAUUAAAAACAAAAAAAAGCUCAUUUCACCUAUUUUCUGAAACCUACAUUAACCGGUUCAACUUUACUUUUAUUACUUACCUUAUAUUACUUAAAACAUAAAAUGUUUAAAAAAAAAAGAAAGGUACUAUUUGCAUGCGAGAGUUGAUCUUCAAAUAAUUUUUGUGUCCAUAAAAUAAAAUAUCUGGCACUCUUUUUAAUAAAAUAGCAAGAUCGUGGACGGAAAUUAGAAAAUAUAGGAAAUGUUGCACUCAACCAAAACCCAAGUGCAUUUUUCCCUUGUGUAGGUGCCCCAAAUUUAAAUAUCGUCUUAGUUAAUUGUGGUUUAGGAGACAGUAUUGGUGCUACUAAAUUUUCAUAUUAUUUAAAUUAAUAUCGGCAUUGGCAAAUGUAGUAAUAAAUUUUGUUUUAAUAACAUACUUCAUAUUCGGGAUUAUAUUGCUCAACUAUGUAAUUCUGGAUUACCCACACGAAAAUAAAGUGACAUUGCAGCAAGACACUACUAGCUUUAUAAUGAAAUAUACUACUUUUUAAUCUGCAUGAUUUUUGUUCAUUAUAUAUUUAUUUACAUGUAAUCAGAAUCAAAACUCAUUAUAUACAAGGAGAAGUAUUAUUCUCAGUUACUUGUGAAUCUUUGCAUUUAUUUACUGUGGUUAAGAUUUGGUGCCAACCAAUAAAAUUAGUGACAAAAAAUGCUCACUAAACUGUAGAUAAAUCCCAAACUGGAUAGUGUAAUAAUGAAUUGAGGUAACCCUGUAUAUACACUUUUGCAUAAACAAUUUGUAUUGCAACUUAAUAUUCCUCUAGCACUAAGAAUGCGCUGUAAGACAAGAAUUUUUACAGUCUAAGUUCAAUGAAACUAAUAUUGGCUUAGAACUUUUAAAACAAAUCACAAAAACGAUGUAAAUACUAAAUCUUGUCUGAUAGCGUAACCACUUUUGUAUUUUAUUUUUAGACAUCGGUCAUAGGAUUUUAUACUAAACCUACAUUUAGUCAAAUUUUAUAUCCUAGUAUAUUAUGUUUAUAUUUUGGUGCAAUUUAAGACUGUUUAUAGCUAUUUUUUGGCCAGGCGUCAUCCGUAGUCGUAUUUUAUUCUUUAACCCAUGCUCCCCCAGUCAUGUUUGUGAAAUAGCCUCUACUAUGUGUUUUGUUUACUUGCAUAUAAUGCCCAUCCUUUUUUCUAAUAUUUUUUUCUCUUUUUAAUUAUUUCCAAAGAGAUGUUAUAAGUGUGAUUUUUUUUAUAUAGAAAAUAAUUAUUAUAUGAAUAUCAUUUUAUUAUUAUUAUUAUUAUUAUUAUUAUUAUUAUUCAGAAAUAAAGUUAUAUUAUCAAA